AUGGUGAACGAUCUCGUAAGUGGCCUCCAAAACGCCAAAUGCUUGCUAUACGCUGACGACCUCAAGUUGGUGAUGGGCAUCGAGCAAGAGUCUGAUUGCUUAAGGCUUCAGGAUGAUCUAGAUCGAAUACAUCGAUGGAGUGUCGCCAACAAACUUCACUUCAACUACAGCAAGUGCCAAAUAAUGACAUUCACACGUCGCCAAUACCCCGUUAAGUUUCAAUAUAAGCUUGGUGAUCAGGUGAUAAACCGUGUAAAUUCUGUCAAGGAUCUUGGAGUGAAUUUUGACGGUGAGCUGACAUUCCACGACCAUAUCAAUAGCCUGGCGAAGGAGUCGUAUCGAAGGCUAGGUUUCGUAGCAAGAAACAUUAAGGACUUCAACAAUACUGGCGUCAUCAAACUCGUCUAUACGGCUCUAGUUCGAUGCAAACUGGAGGCCAGCGCAUGUGUUUGGAGUCCUAGUGAGGCCAAGUAUAAACUUAUGCUGGAAAAGGUUCAAACAGCAUUCCUACGCUUCCUUUACAAGAAGUUAUAUGGAUAUUACCCAUUUAUGUACCCAACUAAGUUUUUACUUGGCGUCCUAGGUUUUAACUCCUUGGAGGUGUGUAGAGAGAGACUGUGA